UAAGAAAAAGGAUCUCCAAGCUGCGUGAGCGUGAUUCGCUCAACGAAAUCUCGGAUCAAACAUCGGUACCGGCGUUCCUUUACGCUUAACCCGCCACUUUCUAAAAAGUACUUCUCUUCGACACUCUGAAUGCAGAUGAAAAAAUAAAAAAAAAAGAGAAAGAUCUCUCUGAAAACCACUCUCUUUUCUAAUUCCACUCGCUCGGUUUUUAGAUAUCUAACAGAAAACAGAUAAUUAAAAAUGGCGGUUUCGUCAAUUCGGCUCUUACACUGCUUGACACCUUGUAAUGCGGCGUCAAAUGGAAUCGCGGAUUCGCCAUUAUCACAUACCCAAUCCCUAGUUUCUUUUACUAGUAGAUUUAACUUGUGCCGUUUUAGAGGUAGUCUCGUGUCGUUGGGCGCUCAGUCUCGAAAGUUAGCUAUAGCGAGAGAUAGAGAACAGAGAACUGAGGAAGAUCAUCUUCUAAGUGAUUCUAUGGAUGACAUUGACGACAAGAAGGUUGAGGACAUAAGUCUUCAGGUGGAAGAGCGAGAUUUUACCGGCACAGCUUAUGUUCCUGUAUACGUGAUGUUACCUCUGGGUGUUAUUGAUAUGAAUUGCGAGUUGGUCGACCCUGAAGUUCUUCAAAAUGAGUUAAAGAUCUUGAAAUCAGGUAAUGUUGAUGGUGUUAUGAUUGAUUGCUGGUGGGGAAUAGUAGAGGGUCAGGCUCCACAUGUAUAUAAUUGGAAUGGCUACAAGAAGCUCUUUCAAAUUGUGAGUGCACUUAAACUUAAGUUACAGGUUGUUAUGUCAUUCCAUGAAUGCGGAGGCAAUGUUGGUGAUGAUGUAUAUAUUCCACUUCCACAGUGGGUGACAGAAAUUGGUCAAACAAAUCCUGACAUAUAUUUCACAGAUAGAGAAGGCAGAAGCAACACAGAAUGCCUUACAUGGGGAAUUGAUAAAGAAAGAGUUUUGAGAAGCCGCACCGCCGUUGAGGUUUACUUUGACUAUAUGAGAAGCUUUCGGGUAGAAUUCGAUGAGUUUUUUGAGGAUGGAAUCAUCUCUGAGAUUGAGGUUGGAUUAGGUCCAUGUGGAGAGCUACGUUAUCCCUCAUAUCCAGCAAAGCAUGGGUGGAGAUAUCCUGGUAUUGGUGAAUUCCAGUGUUAUGAUAAGUACCUGAUGAAGAGUCUAAGCAAAGCAGCAGAAGUAAGAGGCCAUUCAUUUUGGGCUAAAGGUCCAGAUAAUGCAGGUUCUUAUAAUUCUGCACCGCAUGAGACGGGGUUUUUUCGUGUUGGAGGUGAUUAUGAUAGCUACUAUGGAAGAUUCUUCCUGAAUUGGUAUUCUCGAGUUUUAAUUGACCAUGGUGAUCGUGUACUUGCUCUGGCCAAUUUAGCUUUUGAAGGAACGCCUAUUUCUGCAAAGGUAUCUGGUAUUCAUUGGUGGUACAAAACAGCUAGUCAUGCUGCAGAACUGACUGCUGGAUUUUACAACCCUGCAAAUCGUGAUGGCUAUGCUCCAAUUGCAGCAAUGUUAAGUAAUUACGGUGUUGGUCUCAACUUCACAUGUGUUGAAAUGCGCACAUUGGAUCAGCAUGAGGGCUUUCCAGAGGCACUAGCAGAUCCUGAGGGAUUAGUUUGGCAGGUGCUGAAUGCUGCAUGGGAUGCUUGCAUACCGGUUGCCAGUGAGAAUGCUCUUCCUUGCUAUGACAGGGAGGAUUAUAACAAGAUAUUAGAAAAUGCCAAGCCUCUGCAUGAUCCAGAUGGUAGGCAUUUAUCGGUUUUUACCUAUCUCAGACUCAGUCCAAAGCUCAUGGAGAGACAAAAUUUCAUUGAGUUUGAACGAUUUGUCAAGAGAAUGCAUGGGGGAGCAGUUUGAGAAUCCAAUCUAACUUGAAUGAAGGUUGUGCAAAAACAACCAUUGGUGAGUUAUGAGGUUUGCUGCAAGUGAGUUAAAAAGUCCUUUCAAAAUAAGGCUUGUUUAAUAGUAUAAUCUAAUGUAAUAUGAUAGAUAAUAUAAAUAUAUAGUAAGGCAAUUGCUUGCAAUAGCUAUGGCUGCAACUGUAUUUUCGCCUGUAGAAGAACUGAAUGCAAAUAAUGAUAUUAGCUGCAAUGACUACUAUUUAAGAGUAUACAUAUAUUUUACGUUCAUUGCUUC